UCAGUGUCAAAAUUUAGAAGUCUGUAAAUCUGUGCAUAUUAUUAUCAAUUCUUUAUAUGUACUACUUUCGGUUAAUAGAAAAAAUUAUUGUUUUCAUAAUGUACUCGUAUGUUCUUCCAACCAAAAAAACAACUUUACGAUCAAUACCCGAUGCCUAGAUGGGUUAGUGCGCUCUUUUAAGUUUGCAAUGCGUAUGAAUUACAAUAGAACAGGGCAAAGUGCAAGCUUUGAACAUGUUUUAUGGUGUGAUAACAAAGAAACAAUAGGCCUACAUAGAUAUAUAGAGUAUUGCAAAUUGACAACAACAAAUAUAAGCAUCUGCAGUAACAAUUCGAGCUAUAACAUUACAUAUAUUGUGAGCAAAUUUACCAUAUAUAAGCACCACUAGGUCUUUUGGAGUUCAGUUAGUAAAGCUAUCACAUUGUUUGCACGGCUUCGACAUGGCUUCGCAGUUAACUUCACGUCUUUUCACGACAUUUUUGCUGGUUUGCUUUUUGGGAGAUUUCACUUCAUCAUUCAUGUUGCCAACUCUAUUUGGCAGUAUUGUCAGUGAAAAGUUUUCACUACUGAGUCCGCUCUUCACUUCAGGUGCUGAUAAUCGGCCAACUUCAUUCUCGCCUAUAGUUUAUGUAAUUGUAUCACCUAUUGAUGGUGAAUCUGCAGCUACGACUCAAGCUACUUCAAGCGGUCCGGUCUCUCUAGAAAUGACCACAGUCGGCGCUACGGAAUUACCAGCUACGGUUGCUACAACGCCCGUGCUCGAGGCUCAACCUGCUAUUGCAAAUACCCCUGCAGCUCCGGUCGGUGUAAAUGGAGAGGCUAUCGAAAGCCCGCCCGAAAUCGCACAAUAACAAACGUAUCCAGUUGCUGAAGCAUAGUAUCCAACAGACAACUUAACACCAUUACAUAAUAGGCUUUGGCAUAUAACGUGAUGUUAUAACUUAUUGCACAUAAUUAAGUUAAUGAACAAUAAAUUUCUUAUAAUGUUUCAA